AUCAUGUUUGACAAUAUAUUUUAUGUAAGAUAAUGCACUAUUUAAAACACUACCAGUUCAAAAAUUAAGUUUAGGAAUGGUUUAAACACAUAAAUUCAUAUAUUGUAUACUGUAAUCGAGCAUCAUCAGUUCCCAAUGUGGUUCAAGUGUUGUGUAAUUCAGUAGACUGAACAGAGUGGCCCACCAUAUUUUGUUUCCUGUUCCAGCGAUUCCCUAAAAUAGCUUUGCUGCCAUUGCUCUGGCACACAGACGCCAUAUUGAGCCUUGAAAACAACCAUGCAUGAUCUACCAAAAAAACAGGCUGAAUUUAUCCUCCAUCCACCAUGGAAUGACAUGGCCUUGGCUGGGAUUGUGAGUCAGGCUUUUUUUUAGGCAUGAUUGUCUAGAACAGUUUCAAAUGCAACUUUUUGCAGCUGAAGAAGCAUACAAAAAGUAAGUCCCACAACUACUAAAGUAUUCUAUCUAAAUGUGAACAUGGCUAAUCUAUGGCAGGUUAUGGUUGUGGGUUUAAUGUAUUUUUGCACAUGGUUAAAAAGAAGUUUAGAACAGAUACAGAGAUGUUUGAGCUUCAAAAGUAGUUUAAACUGGAUUGAGUUCAGGCAGGCAGAUUCUGAUGCUGUACAAGAGGAUUCUGAUAACCUACAGUCAGACACCUGGAGAACAAAUCAAGAGUACAGAACCUAUCGGCACCAGAGCAACGGACCAAUGGUAAUGGUGCAAACCAGCACACAUACUUUCUAUGUGGAUCUGGAGAAGCUUGCAGACUGCAGCGAGUAUUUCAAAGCUCUGUCCCAUUCCUGCAUGAGAGAGACGUCUGAACGGUUGGUGCACCUUGAACACGUUCCCUCUCAAGUCUUCCACAGCCUUCUACAGUUCUGCUUCCUACAGCGAUUCUGCGUUCCUGAAGACCUCCUUGUGGAACACCUACGGGUGAGCACCUACCUGUUGGCAUCCAGGUUCACCAAUCAUCUACUAAUUGCCCUCUCUCAGGCCCUAACAGAGCGUACUUGCUUGGGCUAUCUACAGCUGGCUGAGGAACUCUGCAGUGAGGAGCUCCAAGAGACUGUGCUGACCUACCUGAGCAAGUAUCUUCUGGAGCAUCCACACCUGAGCAAGGGCUUGAAUCCGCACCUUAAAGUGGAACUUCUCAGAUUAAGGUCAAAGGGAACUCCACACCUAUGCUGCUUGAGGAAGGAGAACUUGACCUCGAGGAAUGACCCGGAAACAGAUGCCGCUCGAAAGCUCUUUAGACUGGAAGAAGAUGGGGACGAAGGGAAAUGGAGUUCUUGCACAGAUCUGCCUUUUUGUGCAGAUAAGUGGUGCUUCACCACAGCGGUUCUUUAUAAUUACCUCUAUCUCAUAGGAGGUUAUAGACACCGUGUGAAGAAGGGUUACGAGUUCAAGAUGGCUUCCUUCCGCUACAACCCUUUGACCAAUCAAUGGGUAUCGACAGCUCCUCUAAUUAAGCACAGGCGUCACUUCAGUGCAGCGGUGUGUGAGGGGAAAAUCUUUGCUGUGGGCGGCUGGUAUCUUGACUCCCUCGUGACUCCUGACUCCAGCACAGGUGUCUACACCGCUGUGGAGAAGUACGAUCCGUGGAUGGACACCUGGGAAUUUGUUUCAUCUCUCCCUUUGACAGACUUCCAGUUCAGCCUGUCCCUUUCCCAUGAUUCCCCACUCACAACCAGUCUGGGACAUUGCCUAUAUGUACUGGGGAACAUCCAGAGAACUGGAGAGAAAUUGGUGCUGCGCUAUGAUACUAGACAAGACUGCUGGUGUGAACUGCUCCCAACUCUAACCCGCUCCAGUGCUGAACUCCCCAUCUUGCACUUCCUGGGUGCCGCCAAUAGUCAGUUGAUUGUAAUUGGUGGGAACAAUUCGGAAACGAUGGUGACAUCUUUCUGCGUGGACUCUCAGAAAUGGGGCCGUAUCAGAGCAAUGGAAAAGACUACUUUAAUUGGCCAGGGCACCGUUCUGCAUAACGAGGUCUACAUGUCAGGGCUGAAGGACAAUUCUGUAAUUAAACUGAACCUGCAUUCACUCUCCCUCUGUCCUUUUCCUUCACUUCCUGUCAGCACCUGCUACGAGAGCCUUUUCCACCUCUACUUCUGACUUCUGUCUUUUUCUUCUUGUUUAUUUGCAACAAAAUGUAACAAAAUGUUUCUCAUAAAUAAAUGCAUCAACUUGUCUAAAGUAAAGCAUUUUGUGAGAACCUGUUAG